AUGACAGUCUUGAAAUUCCCACCAGAUGACCUGCUUUGCGGGGUAUGUGGAGCCAGAGUUACGUCUCGAGAAAAGCUCGAAAACCAUCUGAAAUCUGCACACGACUUCCAGGUCUAUUGGUUAUGCUCUCUCUGUGAUGAGAAGGAAGCUUCCUCUGCGAAGACUAUGUCUUCCCACUAUACAAAAUGCAAGAGGAAACUCGGCCAGAGGGCUAACGGGGCACCUUUUCAAGAUUCACCCCGCCCUGGACCCAGUGGAGCGAUCGAUUCAACUCGACAUCCGGAGCCGCCGGCGCAGACACACCACGAGGACAAGGGGGCACCUUUUCAAGAUUCACCCCAGCUUGAUCCCGAUGGUGCGAUCAUUAUGUCUGCGCCUGAACCACGGAGAGUAGCUGAAUUCACUGGAAGUGCGAUGUCGCAGCAUCCCCCCACUUCCCUUGGGGUGGAAGUAGCGCAAGUCUUUUCCCAUGGGAGAUGGACCGAAUCAGAGGUGGCAGCGCUGGCUCAGCUGGAGGUCGCCCUCGGCUCGAACCCUUUCAUGAAGCAAGAAUUGACCAAGGUUUUUCCCACCAGAAGCCUUAUGGCAAUCAGAAUGAUGAGGCACCAGGAAAGAUACAAACGUGCCCUGCAGAGGAUCAAAGAAGCAGUGUCCACGCAGUUGGUCACGAAUGCAGACAAUGAAGUCAGGGAGGAGGAAACUAUAGUGUUCAGUGUGGAUGAGAUUAUGGAAGAUAUGGAGGAAGCUGGACUCCACAAUAGAACCUUAGCCACCAACCUGGCUAAUGUCCCCAUGAGUAUGGGAGACUGGUCAGAGACUACUAGACACUUUGGUGUGGCAGUAAAAGACGGGACCCAGCGGACCAGAGGAAGGCCAAAGAGGAAUGUCACCUUACCCAAGACCUGGAACGCCAGAAGAAGGGCCGUGUUCAGAGAACACCAACGACUAUACAAAUUAGGCUCAAAGGUGCUAGCUCUCCAAUUGAUCAUGGAUCAGGAGGGAGAUGGCCAGAGAGUCACUCUAAAAGAUGUCCACGAGCUCUACGACCCACUAUUCUCGUCCAAAUCCAGAAGGAUUGAGGGGGAUUUGAGGUCAGAUGGUAAAACAUCUGUUGAAGUUACCCCAUUCCUCCCGGACGAAGUCAUCUGGGCUAUGAAGAGCCUUGAUAAAAGAGCAGCUCCGGGUCCCGACGGACUCACGCGGACAGACUUGGCAAAGAUACCGCCAAAGAUCCUGACCCAUAUCCUCAAUAACUUCUUGGCGUUCCAAGACAUUCCCGAGGAGAUGAAAGCCUCUCGCACGGUAUUUAUACCGAAAAAGGCCAACCCGUAG